AUGGAAAAGAAGACCUCCAUAGACUCGCCGGACGCGCCUCGUGCCGAGCACAUCCCCGAAGAUGAGCUUCGUCAAGGGGAGCUGGGCCAGGAGCUUGGUGGUCGCCGCCAGUCCGUCGCCCACAACAUCAUCGAGAACCCCCUCAGGCGCAAACCAGAGGCCCUCGUCGUCGAGGACGCGGAGCAGUGGGCCACUGCCCAUGGCAUGGAGCAGCACGCCGGCCUCUUCGGCCGCGCCGCGCUCGUCGCCCGCGACCCGGACAACUUUGCGCUCAUGUCGGAGCUGCACCCGGACGAGCGCGAGGCCCUCGCCUACGAGCGCGCGCACAAGUGGCACGGCUCCAAGAUGCUGUGGUACUCCAUCAGCCUGUGCGCCAUCGGCGCCGCCACCCAGGGCUGGGACCAGACCGGCGCCAACGGCGCCAACCUCUCCUUCCCCGAGGAGUUUGGCCUGACGGGCGAAGGACGGGAUGAAUGGAUCGUCGGCCUGAUCAACUCCAUCAUUUUUCUGACUGCCGGUCUCAUUGGCGCGUUUAUCGUCGAUCCCCUCAACCACUACCUCGGACGACGAGGAGAAAUCUUCCUCACGGCGGCGUGCCUGACCGCGACCCCGAUCGGUUCCGCGUUCGCCAAGAGCUGGCAGGGCCUCUUCUGGGCGCGGUUCGUCAUGGGCAUCGGCAUCGGCGCCAAGAACGCCACCGUGCCCAUCUACUCGGCCGAGAUGGCGCCGCAUCGCAUCCGCGGCGCCCUCGUCAUGUUCUGGCAGCUGUGGGUUGUCAUCGGCAUCUUUCUCGGCUUCGCUGCCAACAUCAUUGUCAAGGACGUCGGCAAGAUCGCCUGGCGCCUGCAGUUCGGCUCCGCCUUCAUCCCUUCCUUCAUCCUGCUCCUCGGCAUCUUCUUCUGCCCCGAGUCCCCGCGCUGGCUGAUGAAGCACGGCAAGUUCGCCGCCGGCUUCCGCUCGAUGCAGAAGCUGCGCACGCACGACAUCAUCGCCGCGCGCGACUACUACUACUCGUACGUCAACUACGUGGAGGAGCAAAAGGCCGCGGGCGGCGCGGGCUACUUUGCGCGGCUGAAGGACUGCUUCGCGGUGCCGCGGAUCCGGAGGGCCAACUACGGCGCGUCGACGGUGAUGCUGGCGCAGCAGAUGUGCGGCAUCAACAUCAUUUCGUUCUACAGCUCCAGCAUCUUUAGCAGUGUCGGGUACACGGCGACGGAGGCGCUGUACGCGUCGCUGGGAUAUGGCGCGGUGCAGGUCGUGUCGACGAUCCCGACGCUGUUCCUGAUCGACACCAAGGGCCGGCGCACGCUGACCAUGAUUACAUUCCCGCUCAUGUGCAUCUUUCUGCUCGCCGCUGGUCUGUCGCUGCUUCCGAACGGCGCGUAUCACAUCUCCCCGCAGGGCGACCAGAACCCGGCCAUGGACAUGCGGCCAAAGGGUGCCAGGAUCGGCCCUGUCGUGCUCUUCAUUUACUUGUUCACCAUCUGCUACUCCCUCGGCGAGGGGCCCGUUGCCUUCCAAUACUCGGCAGAGGUCUUCCCUACCAUCCAGCGUGAGCAGGGAAUGGCGUGGGCAGUGUGCAUCAACAAUACAUUCGCCGGAAUUCUGGGCCUGACCUUUCCGCGGAUGAAGACGGUCAUGACAUCCACCGGAGCUUUUGGAUUCUACGCCGGCCUGAACCUGGUGGCGUGGGCCAUGAUCUUCUGCUUCGUGCGCGAGACGAAGCAGCUGACGCUGGAGGAAAUCGAUCAGGUCUUUUCGGUGCCGACAAAGACGUUCCUGCGAUACGAGUUGAAGGAGCAGGUUCCAUGGUUCAUCAAGCGAUACGUCCUGUUCAGAAGGGUGCCGCGGCCGCCUCCCGUCUUUGAGAGGGAGGACAAGACAGACAGCAGCUAG